GCCAACUCAAUACCACCACAUUCAAGCUCAGCUCUCAUAUCUGAAUCGUUUUAGGUCGUUUAUUCGAGUUUUCUAAAACACAAAAUCACGUUUUUUUACUCGAGGCUGCUCUUUUUGCAUGAUGAUAGUCAGCAAAACUACCGUUUAUGUUUUGGUAACCACUUUGUUAAUUUCAUUUUGCUUCGCCUCCCCUACUUCUCGAGAGACCAGAAGCAUUGAUGAGGAGCAAAUAGUAAAGAGUGCUUCUGAUGUUAACGAGUACAGAGCAGUGACGCUAUCUAACAAGAUAAGAUGUGUCCUGGUGUCAGAUAAGAGUACUGAGAUAGCUGCUGUUGAGAUUCGUGUUGCUUCAGGCUAUCUGGCUGAGGACACACCAGGACUUGCCCAUUUUGUGGAACACAUGCUGUUUGAGGGAUCCCCCGAGUACCCUGAUGGAAACCACUACCAAUCGUUUAUUCAAGAGAAUGGAGGAAACUUUAAUGGUGCUACAUGGGAAUCAGCCACAACUUACAUAUUUAAAAUUAGGAACGAAUACUGGGUUCAGACUGCUAAAAUACUGGCCAGCUUCGUUGGUAACCCUCUUUUCCCGAAAGACAAGUUUUCCUCAGCUAUUCAAGCUGUAGACAGUGAAUAUAAGAUAAAUAUACGGAAUGACUACAGGAGUUUGUAUGCCCUGGCAAUGAAACUGAAUAACCCAAAGAACAGAUACCGCGAGUUCUCAACAGGAAGCAGGGAAACUCUGAACGUGACAGAUAUUUACGAGCAAUCCCUGGAGUUUUACGAUCAGUUCUACAGCGCUAAUCUUAUGACUAUUGCUAUCGUUGCUAAUGAUACUCUUGAUAGCUUGGAGCUCCUAGCAGAAGAAACAUUUGGUAAGGUUCCCAACAAGAACAGAAAAAGACCACAAAACAGCGCCUUACCGUUUCCCACCAGUGACAAAAGAUACCUGGGAAAGAAAGUAUAUUUUAAAAUGAAGAGAAAAGUCGACCAACUAACUUUCCUAUUUCCAAUAAACUUGGCAAACUACGUAAAUGUAGAUUACAUAAUCUACCUCCUAGACCACGAAGGUAGUGGAUCAAUCUAUCAAUAUCUUUUAUCUCGAGGGUACGCUACAACAUUCGGUAGUUUCGUGAUCCUCGAGGAUUCCCAAACUGUGCCCCUAGCCGUGUACUGCCAGCCCACGGAGAAGGGUAUUGCUGACCCUUACUUUAUUGUAGAGACCGUGUUCAAGUAUCUAAAAGCGGCCUGCAGUGAUGGAGUUGAUGAAGAGUUGUGGGAAUCUAUGAAGCAGAUAAAUGAACUUAACUUCAGGUUCCAGGAGAAAGAGAAAGGUGAAUCUUUAGUUAGCUCUAUACUCGAUCGUAUGGGGACGAGCAACGUUACACAGAAGUAUCUGGGAGCACCUUCCCAGCUCUCUCUGGAUGUAGAGGUUGAGAAUAAGAUUCUGGGUUUCUUUCAUCCGGAUAAUUUCAAUCUCUAUGUUGGGUCAGAUUCCUUCUCAGACACUGAGGCCACCAGCAACGGACCUCGACUGACUGAACAUGAGUACUUUUACAGCACCCCUUAUUUUGUCACCAAUUUCACGGAGGAGCAAUUACAGGCUUGGAGGAAUGUUGAAACUGACCCAGAACUUCAUCUGCCCCAACCCAACACUUUUGUUCCCAACAAUUUUGAAAUUUUCGAUAUCGAGGAUGACGCUGGAAAGUUGCCAACAGAAAUAGUUAGCAGGGAUGAGGCUGAUAUGAGCAUAUGGUGGCUCCAAGACCAGGAGUGGAUGCAACCUAAACUUUAUACUGGGUGUAAGAUUUUCCCUAACCAGAUUACCAGAGAUGCUAGAACAUGGGCACUAGAGAAUAUGAUUAGUGAUAUUUAUGGAUUAGUUAAAAAUCUGGCGCUGUAUGAAGCAUGGGAAGCAGAUUUCAAUCCAAUAGUUGAUUUUGAUGAGAGCUGGUACAUUGUCGUGUUCGGUCACUCCGAUCCUAAGAAAGUUGAAGAUGUUUUGAAUAAGAUGUUGGAUGUACUCUUCAACUUGGACUUUACAGUGGAUGACGCUCUUUUCAAAUCGAAUGUUGUGCUACCCGUUCAAGAGCAUUACGAUGAAGAUCAUGAAGGUCCAAACCACUUUGCUGACAAAUACAUCGACUCCAUAGUCUUCCAGGAUUUUGUAGAUUGGACUGAUGUGAAGAAAGCAGCUGGAGAGAUCUCCCAACUUGAGGUUAAAGAGUACAUGACAAACUUCCUUGCAGACAUUUCACUAUCCUGCAGUACUUUUGGGAACGUUGGAAAAGAACACGCAAUAAGAUACUCAAACAUCGUCAAAGAAAAGCUUGUGGAGCACGGAUCUACGAUUCAAAAUGAAGAUAGGAGAAGUUUAAAAGACCAAAACAUCAACCAGCUCCCGUCUGGACCAUCCCACGUGAUAAGACGUAGUAUGGAGAAUCCAGACGAGGUGAACUCAGCAACUUUGGUUAUGUUCCAAAUAGGACGGGAAGAGGCUGAUUGUGGAAUGGAGGAUAGUCCACCCUACACUGUGAAAGCUUUUACUGGAAUAUUGGAGCUCAUAAUGGGACAAUCUUGCUUCAGCUACUUAAGAACUGAGAAACAGCUGGGUUACAUGGCGUUUUGUUACAGUCGAAGUUACAAUGGAGUCAGUAACUUCUUCUUCGGAGUUCAAGGAUCUAGACCCGGUGCUGGCCCUGAUGUUGUCGACCGGGAGAUAAACAACCUGAUCGCCCAACAACACGAGACAUACCGCCUUCUCGCCCAAGGUCUGGAGGGAGAACUGAAGUUUGAGGAAGUGAAGGAGGCGUAUAGCGACACAAUAUCAAUAAAACCUCGGACGCUCUGGGAUAAGUCCCGAAAGCUGACUGAGGAGAUUUACUCUUCCACCAGAGAUUUUGAUAGAGUUGAUAAAUUGUUGGCUGCAAUUAAGAGUAUAACUGUGAAGAAUUUCCUGGAACUUUACGAAAAUUUUAUUGUCGGAGACACAAAAAGGAGAAUCUCGUCUCAGGUGUACGGAUCGAGUCACGUGAUGCCGGACACAAUUGAGGAGGGUGAAAUUCUGGUGGAAGAUAUUGAGGCGUUCAGAGAACACCUCACACUCUUUUAAAAAGUACAUUACAGAUGUUAUCAAACAUUCAAUCAAACGAUAGCUUGGAAACCUGAGAAGUAGAACUGGUCAGGCAGAAAAUGAAAGGGACUGAUUCAUUAACUGCUCCGGUUUGGAGCUUAUAAACCAAUAUAUUUGCGCCAAACCAAAAUACAAAAGACGUGACAUAUUGUCGCGCUAAAGUGAUCAUACGGGAUUUUGAUUUGGGAUAAUUAAUUUAGCUGAAACGUGGUGUUAUUUUUAGUAUUAUACAUCAUUAUUUAUAGUAUUAAUACUUUCAACACUAAAAUAUAAAAAAUAAUUUGAAAUUUUAAUUUAAGGGGAUGGAAGUGCUUUAACCAGGUGCAGCCCGUCCACACCCUGGUGUCAAAAUAUGUAUGAAAGACUUAAAGUACCCUACAUGUGUAUAGAUAAUUAAUUCUGUUAUAACUCAUCAGAGGUCGUUUAUGUUAACCUUAUGUUAACUUUAAGUCUUUAGCAAUUGUAUAUUGAUAACCCCUUUAACAUGUUAUGUGAAUUUUAGACUCGGAGACCACUUGUAAAACUAAUUGGCAUUGUGAAAAAAAGUCAAUUCAGAGUGUAAAAAUGACCCCCCCCCCCCUCCGACUACGCCCUUGUUUUUCUAUUCGAGGUAUUUUUCGGUUCUCCACGAUUGACAUUGAUUAUUCCAAACGGUUGUUUCACUUGUACCCACUUACCCACUU